GUGACGUUGUGAUCCGGGAAUUUAGCGAUUUCGUCGAAUGCGGAUAAUUAUUAAAAAAAAGACAGAAUAAGGUAACAAUAAACAAGUUUCUUUUUAAUUAACAAAUUCUUCAGGUUUCUUUAUAAAGAACUCGUAUUUGUGUAGAAGCUUAAAUUUCUCGAAAAUGAAAUAAAAUUCACUAAGCUCUAGGUUACAUGCUAAUAAUCAAGAUUUUUCUUUUUAUGGUUGGACGUACCUAAUACCGAUAACGGGAAAGGAAUUACACUUCUCAAUCUGAAGGCCUUCGUUAUGAUUAUCGAACAAUUUCUUCAUCCAAAUCAGCUUUAUCACUAUAGGUUGCAUUAAUUAUUCAGAUUAUUAAUUCUAGUUAGCAUAUUGAUAUUUUUGUAAUACUUCAUUAGGUAAGUACGAAGUGAAAAAAUUCAAAAUAAUUUUGGAAUAAUUUUUUCGAAGUGGAUGCGUACACCGCGGCGGUGUACCUAGCGAAACCAUCGGCUUCGGCCUGCGUAAACCGCGGCGGUGUACCUAGUGAAAUCGUGGGCUUUGGCCUGGGUACACCGCGGCAAAAAAUUUACCAUUGGCCUGGUUUUAAGAUAUACUUGUUGGAGAGGAUCUUGUGUGGUCAAGUGGUAGAGUGGACGCUUGGCGAUAAUAUAGUUUGAGAUCAAUUCUCAGUAGGGGAUCGAGUUUUUUUCCUCCCAUUUUAGUUUUAAAAUAUUUUGUAGCAAUUGAAACAAUUUAAAUAUAUGUUUAAAUAUUAUAUUAAAUACACUUUAUAUAUUUAUUUAUAUAUAUAAGUGUUUCAACAAGUUGUGCCGGCCUUUGACUUUGAAAAUACCGGUAACUUUAGUAAUAAGACUUUAGACAUUUGAAAACAAACUUAAAGUUUCUGAAAGCGCAUGUAAUACAUGAUGAUCAUGUAUAACAGAAACAUUAUGAAUACUAAGUGACUGAUAUUCUAUUGUAUUUCAACAUUCUUCGUAUAGUUGAAUAUUUACAUUUUACUUUUACGAACAACCAAAGAAAAUACCAGUAUGAAUAAUAUUCAUGCAUAUGAAUAUUAAUGUGCAUGGUCGUAUUUCAACCUUGAACCAUCUUGCUUUCACUAUGCCUUAUGCAUUGGCAAAAUGUACAUACGAUAUCAAAGGUUCAUUCACAACACUCAGUCUCACAGCAAAUCUUUUGAAAACACCUCGAUUUUAGAAACUUGCGGAGCGGUAGCAAACUGUAUAGCAAAGCCAUAGGUCUGCGUUUACCCUUUUCAUGACGUAAUUUGUUUCCAGAAUGGCAUGGCAUGUGCUAUUCUCAGGGUAAAACACGACGUUUUCUCACAGAAACCAUUGCACAAUGCGCCUGGGACAGGAUUUGCACUAUGUCAAAGUUUUUGUAUUUGUUGUUGUUUUUUUUUUUUAAGAAAUCGAUCCUUGCCGGGGAGUGGGGGGUGGUGGUGAGUUAUGGGCAGAGGCUUAACCAAAAAGAGGGCAUUCACAAAUCACGGCUCAGGAUAGGGGUUGUCCACAAAGGACGUCCGCACAACCAACUUACCUUUUGCAUCCCCCCUCCCUCUGCCUGCAUUUUUUUUACUAAUGUGUAAUGCCAAUGUAAAACUAAAUCAAUGAUUUUUAAUUAUUGUUAAAAGACUUUCAAAUAACUGCAGUGUUUCGUAUUGAUCAUCUUACUGCUGUUUUGUGUUGACACAUGCUUGGUGUCACAAUGACAAUGCCUCGGACUACUUUAACUUCACGACUUCAUGAUCAAUGUAUGAGUAUGUGAUUCUCUUCCCGUAGUGUAUUUGUGGCGUAAUUAUAUCAUGGUGCUAACAAAAUAGAUACACUGUCUUCCCAUUCAUUUUUACACCAUGCCCCGAGGGAUCACAUACAAUGUUAUAUUUAUAAGGCACCCCCCCAAAAAAAAAAAAAAAAAACAAACCCAAAACAAAACAACUAACAACUGGGUGGGGGUGGGCAUGAGAGAAUAAUUUCAAAUUAAGAUUCACAAUCAUAUGAUAAAACUUACAAUUAAUAAAUAUAUUUGUAUUUCAAGAUAUUGGGGGAGGGGGGAAUAAAGUGGUUAACUUUAAAAAUAAAUCAUGGUUUAACAUUACCCCCCCCCCAGCCCCUUCCCUUCCAAAAAUAAUAAGAAAUGCUUUACAUGCACUUUGCCACAUACGCGUGGACCUUACUCAAUAUCUUCCCAAGGUAAUAAACGAAUUUUUAAUAGUUUUCAGUUUUAACACGAGUAUAACAUUAAAUCUACAAGUACCGGUUAGGCCAAAAAGUUAAAGACUCGCAAAGACCAUAGUUUGGCUACUGUAAAUCGCUGCGGUGUACGCAGGCCACAGACCAUGAUUUAGCUAGGUACACCGCCGCGGUGUACGCAGGCCAAAGUCAAUAGUUUCGCUAGGUACACCGCCGCGGUGUACGUAGUGCCGGCCUAAUUUUUUACAUUCAUUUUCAUUUUACAGUUAUUUAGAGUUGGAGCAAAUUUACCCAAAUUUCAAAUAAAAAAAUGAAACCAGAAUCAACUUUUUAGCUUUAGAACCUAUUGAGCUAAGAAUUUUUAAAGUGCGAAUUCGUUUGGUAUUUAUUUACUAUGGUUAUGGACAUGGACGAAACCUCCACAUUACCACAUCUUGUGGGCAGCAUGCUGGAAACACUGGGCAUCUCAUUCAGCUGAUCACGUCAUGCGCAAUGACUAUAUUAUAGGCAACGCAUCCCCUUAUUACUAAAAUACUGUUAAGGACUACUUAUUUUGAACUUUCAAUUUUGGCACAUGACUAAUUUAAAAGCUUUCUCUGACCAAUGGUUUACUAGUUUUUGCACACAGCAAACCUUUAUGAAUGAAACUCUUGAGAUAGUACUACGGCGCAUUAUGCAAGUUCUGUGAAUGGCUGCCCAUGACAACGUUUUGCACACAGCAAAUCAUGAUAAUUUAUAAUAUGGACUUAACCGGAAUUUUUAAACUCAAAUUAAAAUAUUAUUUUUCAAAUAACAUGUAAGUUUAUUCUAAAACAAAAGUCAUCAAAUAUUUUGAUGUAAAUAGUGGUAAUAAUUAAAUAUAUCCCAAGGAUCUGCAUCUUCCGGCAUUGAAAAGGGGGCGCGUUCCAUACCAUGUCGGAAUUAGGAUGAGCGACAUUAUGGUAAUGCGGGUUAUUGGGACAAGCUGUAGCGAUCGUUGGACACGACCAACAUAAAGGAGAAUUGGCAUACAUAUACAUCAUUAUAUGAUGCUUCAUAGAAUUUAAUAUGAAAGUCAUGAUUUUUACAUUUUUGAAGGAAAGAUGCCUUAUGGAUACCAUAUGAAUUUCUAAAACUUAGAUCAAUCAAUCAAACAAGGCAAAACAGUUUGUUACUGUAGGUCAAGACGUCCCCUAAUGUGAACAUAUGGAAGGAUACCACAAUUUUAUGACAAAAUUGUCCUUUUAUUAAAGGAAAAUCACCAGUGUCCAAAAAUUUAAAAAUUGGAUUAUUCUGUGCCGUCGCCCAUUUCCUAUACAAAUUUUGAAGUAGGCUCCCUUGCUUUACCGAAGUGCCUAAUAUAGGGUUAAAGUCAAAAGGCACUUUCACUUACUUAAUUAUUAGUAGGCAUUAAUAUUAUGACCAUAGGUAUAAGGUAAGAUAAAAUUCUUCAUUGAUCCAAAUAAAUAGUAAUAAUGUCUUUUGAUUACAAGGUACAUAUUUCACCAUAAUUUUGUUCAUUUUCAGCACAUAAAUAAAUAUAUAAUUUAUAUUUUAACAAAUACUGUAUUUUACAAUCAAAACAAUUCAAACACAAGACAUCUCUAGUAUUUCUCUAGCAUAGUUAUCAGCCAUCAAUGAACUUCCUUAGUAGGGAGAAUUAUGAUUGUGACUUAAUUAGUAAUCAUUUAGAAUGGAUAACCGUUAGGAGGAGCAUGCUGGAAAAUUUAUACUGACUGGGACUGUGGAACAAAAUAAUUUUUAUUAUAAAUUAUUAUAUCUUUCAGUCCUUACUUAAGAAGUUACUUUAAUUGAAAGAAUUCACCCUGAUUGAGCUGAUCUUUUAUCUGAUGAAGAGGGUGUGAUGCAUCUUAAAAUAAUUUAUCUUCAAAUUAAAAUAGUUGUUCAAGCCAAAAUUAAAGGAUGUUUAGUUUGUGUGAUAUUACUAACUUUCUUGAAUAGUCUAUUUAAUCGGUGUUUGGUGUAAGACGAUGAAUUCCAACACAAGUUCCUACUCCUAAAGAAUAUCUGCAAGGGGUGGUGGCUGGGUUGAGAGUGGUUUAAGAGCUUUACUGACAUUGAAGGGUGACAUUGCUUCAACCUUUUAAACUUUCCCUUCUCCUCACUCACAUCAGUGACAGAAAUUGUAAUCCCAUCCUCUAUUCAUUAGAAAAUCCUUUUCUCUCUCUUAUGUGUCCUUUCAUUUGCCAUACCCUAUUGCAGUGUCUAUAUCCAGACCUGUUUACUCUUACGAUUUUGGCGUACAAUGUACGAUUUUGAGGUGUUAGCAUGUAUACUGUAUGUUAAUUUUUUCCUAUAAAUAUAAGGUAUUGAACGAUUUUGUGAUAAUAUUGUACGAUUUUAAGAGUUUGAGAGUAAACAGGUCUGUAUAUCUCAUGUAAAUUAUGAUGUUUGCUGUCUCUUCCUGUCUCCAAGUUUCUCUACAUAGCAUCCCUUGUCUUUUUCUGCUAAGGCUAAUGUCUUCACUUCCUUGGCCUUUAGUCUACAGGCACAUUAAGGGCCUUUUUUGGGCCUAAAUAAUUUGUGUAGUUGCUCUUUUAUGUAGAUUUGGAGUCUAUGGAUCUUUGACUCUCUUUCUGGUUAGUCUUAUUGUCUUCAAUUUAAGCUUCUUUUAUUUAUCAAACCACUGUAUCAUCUCAUUUUCUCUAUAUUCUCUUCCCUGCUUCUACCUGUUUUGUAUGAGUCAUAUCCAAGGGCGCUGAAUCUGUUGUUUUUUUUUUGGGUAAUUUAGCCAAACUAAGACUUACCGUGUCGAGAUAAUGCUACCUACUGUGUGACUGUACCAAAUUCUUGCCUUCUUGAGCUAGAGUUUUAGCUUUAACACUAAAUGGUUGUGGUCAUGUCUGAUAUCGCUCUCACAUCCCAAAGGAACGCCAUUAUUUUCUUUCUUUUUUUUAAAUAGAAGAAAAACGUUGUUCUUUCCCUAUUGUUGUUAUAAUCUCCUAUUAAGCCUUGCUUUUCAAAAAAUUAUUUCUCUCUCUUCAUUUUUGAUAGCUAAUUAUUUGGAAUUAUAGUAGAUCGUAUAGUAAUUGGUUUGUUUAUCUUAGCCCUUUGGAUUAACGAUAUAUUGAAUGAGAAUGUGUAUACCUUCCCACAGCUGAUUAAAAUAACAUUGUACAUCCGUAACUGGUAGAUCAGUCUAAUACCACAAAACCUAUUUCCAGGGUCUCCAAACUAUGGCUCAGGGUUUGAAUCUAAUACUCAUGAUUCCACUUGCUAAGAAUAGAUUUGCCCAUGAAGGGCUUUGGUCUGCCUCACCGCUUCCUUCCCCUCAGACCUAACUGAUGCUUUUCUUUUCCAUGCUUAUAUUCCCAGCUGCUGCAGAUCUUUUUCCACAUCAUCCAUCCCUCUAAGCCUAGGUCUGUCUUUGAGCCGUUUUCCCCUGGGGUUUUGAUGGUGCACCCUGGUCACUCCUUUGUCAUUUGGCAUUCUUUCUAAGUGUCCUGUCCACUGUGGCCUACCCUUUUUUAUUUCUGCUACUAGCCUGUGAUCCUGAUAUAGACUGAACAGUUCCUCGUUGGUUCGUAUUCUCCAUCCAUAUUCAUCCUGUCUUGGUCCAUAUAUUUUCAGGAGAACUUUUCUCUCCCACCCACAUGUAAUAAGUUUUCUGCCUUUUUAAUGAGUCCAAGUUUCACUUGCAUAUGUUACAACUGGUCUGAUAACAAUUUUAUAUAAAAUUCUCUUUGUUUUUCUUGUAACGAUUUAACUUUUGAGUAUUUUGUGACCACUUAAGUAUGCCCUGUUUCCAGACAAUAUUCUAACUUUUACUUCUGUAAGUAAUUCAUUUCUAUCAAUUAAUAAAUAUCCUAGGUAGUUAUACCGAUUUACUUUUUCAGAAGGGUGAUUUCUAAUUUUAAUGGUUUCAUCUCUCUGUUCUUUUUUUAUCAUAGUCAUGUAUUUUUUUUUUGUUGUUGUUGUUGUUCACUUCCAUCAGUGCUUGUGAUGGGUUUUUUUAAUUCAAUAAAGGCUUUUGAUAUGUCUUUACUACUUUUCCCUAACUGGUGCAUGUCAUCAGCAUAUGCAAGUUAGAGUUGAUUGUAGAGAGUUUUUAUUGGUGAUGGGUCUUAUGUCUCCCUCAGGUUCCUCAGGUGUCAAUAUGUGUUUCUUUGGGUUUUUUUAAUUCAAUGAAGGCUUUUGAAAUGUCUUUACUACUUUUCCCUAACUGGUGCAUGUCAUCAGCAUAUGCAAGAUACUAAAGGGGUUGAUUGUAGAGAGUGUCUAUUGGUGAUGGGUAUUGGGUCUCCCUCGGGUUCCUCAGGUGUCAAUAUGUGUGUUUCUUAUAACUUAUGUUAGGUUAAAUAGCAUACAAGACAGUGAAUCUCCUUGUCUUAGGCCUCAUCUAAUCUGAAAUCCUUUGAAUAUUCUCCCCAAACCUUGAUUUUGCCUUUAGUGUUGUUUAAUGUUACAUAUAUUAGUCUUGUCAUUUUGUUGGGUAUGCCAAACUCCUGCUGAGUCUCAAAUAGAUAUUUUCUUUUGAUGCUAUCAUAUACCAUUUUAUAGUUCACAUAGAGUUGAUGUACUGGGAUAUUAUAUUCAUAAAAUUUCUCUAAUAGGCAUCUGAUUGUAAAAAGCUGAUGAGUCGUUGAUCUGUUUUGCCUAAAUCCACAUUGGUAGGCCUCUUAGUAUUUGUUCAGUGUACAGUUGUAGACAUUUGGCAAUUGCUUUUGCCAGUAUUUUGUAUGUAACAUUUAAUAAGGAAAUUCCUCUGUAGUUUUUGUAUUGAAGUUUGGAACCUUUCUUGUCUAUUGGCAUUGGGGUUAUUAGUGCAGUUUCCCAUUCUGUUGGAAUUUUCUCUUCCUUCCAAAUUGUAGUUAAAAGUUUAUGUAUCUGAUUGUGUAGUUCUCUUCCUCCAUGUGUAAUAAGUUCUCUGCUGUGAUGAGGUCUUCUCCAGGGGCUUUGUGGUUUUUAUUAAAUUGAUUACUUCUGUAGUUUCUUCCAAAGUUGGGGUGUUUAGUGUUGGUUGAUAAUCCUCAUCUUGUCCUUUGCAUUUAGUAUGCCCACAAAAUAUUCAGCCCACCUUCCCAGUUCUUUACUAUUUUUCCUAAUGAAUUCUUCAUCAUGGCUCUCACACGUUUGAGGUCUGGCUUCAUAUCCAUUCUUUUCAUCUUUUAUCUUCAUAUCCAUUCUUUUCAUCUUUUAUCUUCAUGUACAUUCCUAUGAUAUUUCCCUCUCUUGAUAAGUCUUCUAUUUCUUUUAGUUUAGCUUUUUCUCAUUCCCUUUUUUCUUCCUACACAUUUUUUGUCUUUCCUUCUGUCUUCAUUGUAUGUUUGUCUUGUCUUUCUGGCGUCCCUUGGUAUCAUGGUCAUUUUUGCCUUGUUCCCUUUUUUUUUAACAGUCUCUCUACAUUCAUUACAAACCCACCAACAGUAGUUUGCUGAAGUCCUACUAAUUUUUCUGCUGAUCUUUUCAUAGCAUUUUUUGUAUCAUAUCCCACUGUUCAUUUAGGUUCUUUUCCCUGUUUAUUUCCUCCUGUGAUGCUCUGAGCUGUGCAUCUACUUCAUUUUGGUAAGCUUUUGCGGUUAGUAGGUCUUUAUUAAGUUUUUAGUAAUCAUAUAGUUUUUCCCUUAGAUUUCGGCAAUUGUGAAUUAUGCUUAUUCUCUGCUUAUAUUAACUCUUACAAGUAGAUGGUCAGAGUUUGCAUCUGCUCCUCAAUAGCUUCUUAUGUCUAGUAUGUCUGAUCCAUGCCUCUGAUUGAUUAUAACAGGAUCAAUUUUGUUGCGGAUGAUUCCAUCUGGUGAGUCCCAAGUAAUUUUAUGUAUAGUUUUGUGUGGAAACUUGGUGCUGCUAACUAUCAUCCCUUUCCCUGAAGCCAAGUCUAUGAGUUGGAUCCUAUUGUAAUUAGGGGUGUGCCGGACCCCGGUCCGGAAUCCGGUUCCGCCGGAUUUUGCACUAUCCGGUGAAAUCCGGUUCCGCCGGAUUUACAUGUAUCCGGAACAACCGGAUUCCGGAAUCCGGAAUAUACCGGAUUUCGGAAUUUGCCAUAUUUUGUGACUCACCGGAUCAUAAUCUGAAAUAAAAGUAAUUCUCUUUCCCGAUUUCCACACGAUCACGAUACAUUAAUCGAUUGUUUCGAGCGUUGAGCUUGUUUAAUGUUUAAUAUUCCGUACAUACCAGAGGCUAGAGUCAGCACCGCUAAUAGUGGCAAAUAGUGUAGGGACUUUGAUAAGAAAAUUUAAACUUUUUGUAAAAAUAAACCAAUGGCAUAGUUGAAAAGAUGUAAUUUUUUAAAGAAUUAUAACACCAAAAUCAUAUUUUUAGCUGUUGUAGUUUUAAAGUUAUGAAUUUUUAAAGUACGACUUGGUUUGUCAUUUUUUAACAUGGACUGCAUCUCCACAUUCUGUGAUCUCAUUCCGCCAAUCCCGUCAUGCGCAAUGACUAUAUAGUUUAUAUAAGGCAACGCAUUCCCUGCCUUAUCACUAAAAUACUAUUUAGACUUAGUUUAAACUUUCAACUUUGGCACAUGAAUAAUUAAUUAAAGCUUUCCCUGACCAAUGGUUUAAUAGUUUUUGCACACGGCAAACUCUUAUGAAUGAAACUCUGAGGUAGUACUACGAUACAGUUAUGCAAGUGGCUGUGAAUGGUUGCCAAUGACAACGUGUUGCACACGGUAAAUUCUGAUCAUUUAUAAUAUGGAUUCUACCGGGUUGUUAAAGCUCAAAUUAAAACAUUCCAGUUUAAAUGUCUUUAAAUGCAUUCUGAAACACAAGUUAUCAAUUAUUUUGAUGUAAAUAGUGAUAAUAAAUUAAUAUUUCCUAAGUAUCGUCAACUUCCGCCAUUAAAAAGGGGGGCGUGGCCAACCCCAUGGCGAAAUUAGGUUGAGCGAGCUGCAUGACCUGCUGCGAACGCGUAGAAACAUGGCGUCUCUCGUAAGACACUUAUCCAAAUGGAACGGAACUCAAAUAUAUAUCGAAAGUACUAAUUUAAUAAUAAAUAGACACACACAUCGGAAAAUUAAAAACUCGGAUUUUUUGGCGCCGAUUGCGAAUUCCCAUACACAAAAAGUAGUAGUCCACCUUGACUUACCGAAGUAUCUACCAAUAGUACCAAAAUCCGGAAUCCGGGAGAAACCGGAAUCCGGAUCCGGCGGAUUUCGCAUAAGAAAAUCCGGAUCCGGAUCCGGUUGGAAAAAACGGAUCCGGCACACCCCUAAUUGUAAUUGGAUUCUUCAACGCUCCUUGCCAAUAGUUCUCAUAAACAAUUUUUUUUUGCCUAGCUUUGCAUUAAAGUCACCAAUCACUAUUUAAUAUCAUGUCAUGGUGCCUCAUCAUAGAUCUUUUCCAGUGUCUCAUAAAAGUAUUCUGUUAUAUGGCCUCCUGUAUCUUUGGUGGGAGCAUGAACAUUUAUAAAUGUUAUAUUAAACACUUUUCCUUGCUCACUCAAAGAGCAUAAUCUUUCAUUUUCUUUUCAUUUUCAUAAAACCUAUGACUGCACUGACCACUUCUCUCUUCACAGUUUAUCCAGUUCCAAGAGUGUUAGUGUUGUUGCUACCAAAAAGUAUGGAGUAGUCUUGAGGAUAUUUGCAUUCUUCCAUCAAAUUUCUUGCAAUGCAGCAAUAGAGAUUUUAUAUUUAAUUAUUUGAUUUAUUAGGUUGGCUAAGCCUCCUGCUCCAAACAAGGCUUAGUUCAUUCCAAGCCACAAUCCAAAAAUCAUGUCCUCAUCCAGACAUAGGUCGAUUUCCAUUAGAAUCAGUCCAGAUUUUAUUCUAUUGUUUGGCUUUCGUAACUUUUAUUUUUUACAUGGUCGGGCUGUUAACCCUGUGCACAACCGCCUGAGGGCUGCCCCUUACAGCCUUAAUUUCUGGGUAAGGUUCCCUAGCCUUUGUGGGUUUCUCCACGUCCUACAACAACAAGGUAGUAGUUUCUGAUUUUGGUCCACCCUGGGUAUUUUAUUUACCCAGUACUCACCAUAUCUGGUGGCCUUUUACCUAUCCGGCACCUGGAAUUGGCUAGAUGGAAGAUCAGUAUCGACGCACAUGAUUUGACACUUUAAUACAAUAAAAUUUUAAAGUACUCAUCCCCGUGGAUUAAUAAUCAUAUGCUGCUUGAUGAAUUCUGCUUCAGCACCACACAUUGAAUAUUUGGCAAUGCUUUCAAUUAAAUAUGCAUAUUUACACACCCCUCCCCUUAUGGACUGUCCCAUUUUCACCCAUCCCCUCUAUAUCCUACAUUUUAAAUAGCCACUCCAAUUGGCAACAGUCAUUUAAGGCUCACUUGUAUUUAUGCCUCACUAACUAGAGUAUAGUCAUUAAAUAGCAUAAUUAUAUAACACCUAGGGAGGUAAAUUACAUUUGAGAUCAAAAGAAGCUGGCCCUGCUUCAUUUAGGUUUCCUUUUGCAACUCAAAUUACAAAGACAUUUUUGGUCACCACAAAAUUUAUAAUUAUUAGUUUUCAGAGUGAUUGAUUGACAGUAUUGAAUGUAUGAGUAAUAUUCAUGCACAUGAAAUCUAUUUUAAUGGCAUAAACAAGGUAAAGCACAAAGUACAUGAUGGAACAGACCCAUCGCCUAGAAAUUACUAACAACAAUAUAACCAUGAUAAUUGCUUCAGGUUUGGUCAAAUAAACCUGAAAUUGUACUUACUCAAACUAAUCAAUUUUUAGUCCAUGCUAUUUUGAAAUUCAUUUCAGAGCUAAUUUUCAACCCAAGUACAAAUCUCUACUAAAAGUGUGAAAUAAAUGUCUGACUAUAGAGGACGAGGUAGCCGUGGAGGUGGCCGAGGCAGGGGACGUGGAAUGCCAAGAGGUGGUCCACGUGGAAGUAGCAGAGGAGGUUAUUCCUCUGAACGUGAAGGGGGAAGAGGAGGAUAUAGAGGCCGUGGAGAUGGGUUUUCUAGAGGAAGAGGUGGACCUCCAAGGUAAUUAUCUCCAGCUCAAAGAUUUUUUUUCUUUCUCUCUGUUCAAGUUCAACAAGAAAAAAUUGUGGCUUUCCAUUUCCUGACUUUUUUUAAUAUUGUAUUUAAUUUGAAUCAUGGGCAGAUCUAGGAUUAGUCAGGCCUUUUUUUAAAGAGUUUGAGCUGAGCCAAACUGUUGAGGUAAAUAUUUGAAACAAGGUAUGGGGAGAAUCUGAAAAUAGGAAGCAUCAAAACAACGUAUGUGUCGACAAGAAGCCUUCUUUAACCAACUAACAAAGACUAAUACAAAUAUAAGCUUAGCUGAAUUGUUUUAUCCCAGAGGACCACUUAAUAAUGUUGAAAUUAUUUUAUUUACAAGUUUAUUUCCAAGAAAUAACAAAAAUUAUUGGUAUUGCCAGACACUUGAGUCGUGAUGAUGACUCUCCACCAAGAAAAGUUCCCAUGAUGUCAAGGAGUUAUGACUCAGACAGAGGCAGGGGACCACCACUAGGUAAAUAUAAAUUUUAAUAUAGUUAAGAUGUAAUAGUGCUGUUAUGAUAGGUGUGUUAAUAAGGAAUGUAUUAUAGACUUGAAAACUUUAUCAAAAGUAUACCACUAUAAUGUCAAUUUUUAAUUUUUAUAUUUGCAUAAGGUAUCAACUGUUAAACUUGCAAAAUAUUUGGACUGUGGGGGGCAUAGUUAACAAAUUUUGUUACUCUUUUGGUUCAGCGUUGAAGAAAUGGUCAGGUUUAGCUUAUUACGCAAUAUUAUUUUCAGGUCGAAGGGGUGACAGGAAUGAUGACAGUUAUGACAGAAUUCCAUCUGGCAGAUCUAGAGAUCCAUAUCCUUCUCCACCAAGAGAUACAAGCCGAAUACUUGACAGGUAGAUUUCUUUUGAUUAGCUCAAGGCUUUUUUUCUCUUUUUCUAAUUUAUUUUGGUCUCUGUUGUGCUCCGGACCCACACACACGCCACCACCACCCCCCACCACCCUGCACAGCUUCUUAUUAACCUUUCUUUUUAUACUUUAGACUGUCUCCUCCGCCAAGAAGAGAUAGAGACUAUGGCUCGGGCUCAAGGGGUGAUUAUUUGCCAUCAUCGCGCAGUUACAGUUUAACAAGAGAUACAGGGUAGGAAUUUUACUUGUGGAAUAGCUCUAAAUUAUUGAACUAAAAUGAAGUGUUGAAGUUUGUGCUUUUAACUUAGUUAGGCAUGUCUAAGGUUUUGGCUUUAAAACUUGAGCCUGCAAUUUUUUUGAUGACCCUUGCGCGAAGGCUGUACCCAAAUCUUUGCAUCACUGCUGCGAAGUAAACCCAUUGAAAUAAGAACAGUUUCUUUUAGGUUGAUUUGCAGUGGUGUUGUUUUUUGUUUUAGAUUAGAUCCUAAAUUAAUUUUUUUUUUUUUUCCAAAUGAUUUGUUAUAUUGUUUUUUAUUCUGUUGCAUAAUGAAACAAUGUAUGAUUGCUGCUGAUUGCCUUGUCAGUAAAAUUUCUGUGCACUUGAUAACAUGACCACUGAGUUGUAUGUCCAAGACUGGCAGCAAUGUUUUUAAGCCUAAUUUAAGUGAAUGCUUUCUUCUUCUUCUAUAUUUUAAGGGCCCACGAUCAAUUUAUUGAUCAUUUUGGCUCCUAUGCAUGUAGAUGGGAUUUGCAAUGUUUCUGUUACUGGUGGUGAUGAGGAAAUUAUGCACUAGGGGUUUGAAGGCUUGAGGCAAUAGACACAAAUGUGUCUAGUGUUGUCGCCUCAACUGUUCCUUUUGAAAGAUGGUUCCAGUCCCUGAUUGUCUUGGGCAGGAAUGAGCAGCUCCUAUACUGGCUUCUUGCUGGUAUGAGCCUGAAUUGCCUGUCAUGGCCUCGUCGCUGUCUAUGGGGGAGAGGGACGAGUUUCUGUUUAAUUUCCCGCCUAAUAUUAAAAAGUUAUUGUUUUACACAGCUCCAAUAAUUUUAAUUUUGAAAUUUGAUUUUACAAAUAUUAGGGUGGUGUCACUUGGAAUAAUACAGAAGAUUUAAAAGCACUGCACUUUUUUGGGGGUAAUUUGUGAGGCAUUUCAGAUUUUAGUUUUGCAAAUAUUUUAAGCAAAUGUCACUCUUUGAAAAACAUUUUUUCAUCAAUGUAAAUUUUUGUGCCUUUAAAAAAGAAGUUACAGAGAAUCGUACAGUACAAACUUGAGAGAAGACAGACGUGAUUCUUUCAGUCGGCCAAGUGUAAGAGACUAUGCCUCUCCUCGUGGUGCUGGAGGAGACUUUGCCACUGAGAGAAGCAGGGAUUUUAGAGACUCACCAAGAGAUUAUGGAGCAUCCAGAGACUAUCCACCGAGGUCCUCAGACUUCAGGGAUCUUGGCAGAGAUUUUAGGGAUGGACCUCCACGGGACAGGUAAUUGUUAACCUUUAAUUUUUUUCAUAGAGUUCCUUUUUUAAGUUGUGUGCUUUAAGUUGUUGUAGGUGUAAUGUUUGGUAGCUAUAAGUUGCAUGCCCUAAGAAGUCAUAUAUAGUUGAUGUAUUGUUUUUGUAGCUGUAAGUUGCAUGACAUUUUUUAUUUGUUGACAUAGUGAAGUUGAUAACCAGGUUAAUAUUAUUGCCUUUGUAAUUUACAAGAAUCCUAGUCAUUUCUCGCCUCAAUUGAAGCUGUAUAGAGUGUAUGAUUUUAAAGAGUGUAAUAUAUAGUGUGAUGUUUGUGUGUGAAUAUUUUUGUAACGUCCAACUGUAAAUUGUCAUCCCCUUUUAAUUAUUUAAUAUCUUUUUUUAUUGAAAAGUCUAUUUAGUCAUAAUAUUUGUUAAAAAAGUCAAAUUAAAUAGUUUUGUAGAGACAAUCCUUUUUUUAGUGGGAGCUCUCUUUUUGCAGGUUAUCUCAUCGGCAUUUCGACGGUGAUCGAUCAUUUUCGCCAAAGGGUGGGGUCCUAAUUGAAAGUCGGAGUGGUGGGCCACCUAGUAGGCGAGGUGCCCCUUUUGAUAAUCGAAGUGGUGGCCCUAUAGAGGGCCGAGAUCACAACCAUGGUGGGGACAGGUAAUGUGGGUCUGGAAGUUUGAUGUCAAUUUUUUAAUUGUUCUGAAAUAAUGGUUCUUAAAAAUUAAUUAAACCCAGACACUCAAAAGAAAAAGGAUAGUUUAAAUUUUGUUUAAAUUGAAAAUCAAUUAUUUUAGUCAAAUAAAUUUAUUUCAGUUUUAUUAUCGUUAUUUUUUUCCCCACAUUUUACCCUUUUCCAUAUUAUCUAUACUCUUGUGCUUUACUCGCUUGGUGCUAAUCUUUUAAAACAAAAAAGAUAUCCACCUUUGCUUUGAAAGGCAGUGACUUCUAAAAGUAUUUAAAAAUGAAAUUAAUCUAAACUUUGAUUGGUCACCAUGUUUCAGCCUAAUGGUCACGUUUAAAAGGAGAGGUUAGGGACUUUCAUUUUAAAUUCAUGCCAGGUUAGAUUAAGACAUACAAUUUGAAAUGAGGAUUGAUAUAAUGAAAUGACCAGACACAAAAUAUCACACAUUAAAUAUUGUCAUUGAGAAAAUUAAAAAUAAAAUAUUUCAUAAAACUUUCCUCUUAUAAAAUUCUCAGAAAACCAUUGCCAAUGCUAGCUCACUUUUGGGUUUUAUUAUUUGCUUUCAACCUAUAUAUGUAUUUGGAUAUCUACCUUUUCUGGGUCUUCAUUUAUUGUUUAAAUUGUCCAGUGAUUAAUGAUGAAGAGGGAAGCAAGAAGUAGUGAACAAGUAUAGAUAGAAUUUUGAAAAUGAAUUUAAAUUUCAUUUAAAUUGAUUAAAUUUAUUUGACCAAAAGUUAUAUUUAUUAACCUCUUUAUUUUUGCUUUAUACUUUCCUGCAUUGCAUUUUGCCUUUUCUACCUUUAAAAUUUUAUACAUCCUAUAUUAUUCUCCCAAUAUGUAGCUCUUUUUUGUCUUGCCUUUUUCAGACUGUACCCCUUUUUAUUACAAUUUAAUACAGUAAAUUCCUUUUUUUUUUUUAAAUCCUUGAAUUGCUCAAUACUAUAAAUUCACUUAAUAUUAAUUAUUUUGAUUAGAGAAAAAUAUCAAGUAAGCAAUUUUGUAAUUUAAAAAAAUUAGCACUGUAAAAUCAGUUGUUCAAAAGUUAUUUUAUUUUAUUUCAAUUUUUUUUUUAAAUCUUGGGACAAUUAUACAAGUUCUUCUUGAUUCUUAAAUGAUCUUCCUGCAGUUGUUGUUGCACUUAAAAAAUAACACAAAUGAUAUUGGUUACAACCAAAAAAGUGGAAAAGUUUAUCACCACAAGAAUGAAUAAAUCAAAUUUUUUUAAAAAUUUUUUUUUAUAAAAACUUAAAUUGUCAGUGAACUUUUACCAUCUUAAUUAAAUUAAAUUUAUAAGAUCUGCAGAAAACUGAAUAAAAAUGUAUGCUAAAAUUUAACUGUUGGCUGUGAUGAUCUGUUUCUUGCUAACUGUAUUUAACAUAAGCGGUACAACAACAGUUGCGGUGCAGAAAGGUCAUGUAGUGUCUGCCAGUUCUCUCCAGCUUAUUCCGCACAACUAACCACCAUGCCAGAGCCAUUAUAUGCUACCAUCUCCCAUCCACUGCCAAGUUCAUAUAGCAUCUUAAAACAAAUCUAGAGCAAUAGGUUUUUCACAAAUACAUAACACCUAUCUGGUCUUCCCUUUUUACCUUAAACCAUAUCUUCCCACUUCCAGCCAUCUCUAUUCAAUCCUCACGGUUUGACAGGUUAAUCACAAUAGCCCUGUAACUCUUCCUGCUCUUCAAAGGCCAUGCUCGUUUGUGUAAUAGUGCAAUGGUCAUGGGUUUACACUUCAGGAUCCACAUGUGUAUUUAGUUCCAUGCAACAAUAACGAAAUAUCUCUCUGUAUUUGUUCAAUGAAAGUCGGGGCGAGAGUCUAAAUUCUGACGUGUUUAAUCUAUAAAUAAUAUCUAGAGUUUGUGGGGUUUCUUUUGCAUUUUCUUCUCUACAAAUAUAUAUUUCCUUUUUAUUUUUAAACCAGAGAUUACAACUCCAGUAGAUUUUCUUCAAGGACAGAGGACAGAAUAUCAAGCAGGGGACCACCAAGAGAGUAUUCAGGUUUGUCUUUUGCAUGCUAAUUGUAUUUAAGAAAUAAAUUUUACGUUUGAUUAUAAGUUAUGGCAUUGAUUUUUUAAAAACUAGAUUACCAUAGUGAGAUGGUUAAAUUUACUUACAUGCCUUUGUUAUUUGUAUUCUCCAAUUAAAAAUAAAGGGCAAACCCCAUUCUUUUGGGUCACAGAAAAUAUAUCAGUUUUUUUUCUAUUUUCUGAGUUGACAUAUUUAAAUUUGAACAUGAACUCCAAAGGAAAUAGAAGAUUAUAAAUAAUUAGAAUCAUAAAUAUUUAGGAGGUCGUUAUUAAUUGUUGCUUUGCUUUAUUAAGAAAGAUAUUUCUGGCAAGGCUUAACAUUCACUGAUUUAUUGCCAAUAUUUUCUAAUUAUAAACAUACAUUUUUAAUACAGAAGGCAUAUCCUUCAAGGAUAAAACUUUUUUUCAAAUCAUUCUUUAAAAUUUCUUUUAGGUCGUGGUGGGCCAAGAGGAAGUAUGAGAGGUGGACGAGAUGACCGAGGCCGUGGGAGCUUCAUGAAUGGUAAGUCCCUGGUACAGUUUUUUUUUCAGGCUUUACAUUCAAUGCUUAAAAUUUGCAGACAGUAUAUAUAUGUUUUCCCUCUUGUGAACACAGCUUGUAAAGCCAGGAUUGGAUGCACAUCUAAUUUGAGAAAACUUAGAAUUGUAAACGUUCUUUACACAUUUUGAAAUUCAAUAAAUCUUCCAAUUAAGACUCCCCCAUUACAAAACAAAUAUUAUUUUUAAACAGUACUUUGAAUCUUAACUCUGCAGUGGAUGAACCCUUACAUAUUAUGGCAAGGCAUUGCAGAUAUAUAGAGUGUAUACAUUGCAUACAAUUUUUUUAGUUGGAUGCCAAACAAAUUUUGCUUCAUGUCAUUGCACACAUUUUCCUAAUAUGUUGCACAAUCAGAACUUCCUCUGAGAAAUUAGAGGCAACAUUUUGGCUCAUAUGGCAGCUGAUAAAAUGUUCUUUAGUAAAUGCUUAACAGAUAUUAGGUAGAAUAUUAAUACUCUUUUAGCUAUAAUAACCACAAACAUUUUAAAAAAUAUUUUUAAAAGUUCAAAAAAAAAAAAAAAGUUCUUGAACGCUGCUUAGGAGUCAUCAAAAGUAUGAAUAUUUUUUUUGACACAUAAUUAUAUCAUCAGUAAAACACUGUUCACUUAAAUGUUCUUUAGUAAAUGCUUAACAGAUAUUAUGUAAAAUAUUAAUACUUUUUUAGCUAAAAAAACCACAAACAUUUUAAAAAAUAUUUUUAAAAGUUCAAAAAAAAAAAAAAAAGUUCUUGAACGCUGCUUAGGAGUCAUCAAAAGUAUGACUAUUUUUUCUGACACAUAAUUAUAUCAUCAGUAAAACACUGUUCACUUAUCUUAUAAUACUUGCAUAAUUUCAUAAAGGUUGUGUUUAUUCAGGAUUUAAGAGAUGAAUAUUUAUUUGAAAUAUCGGUUAUGCAGAGGUAUAAUCACUCUGGAAAGUCACUUGAUACAUUGAAUUUGUUGAAGUGACACAGCAACCAAUAAAGUGUCCUGAAAUAUUGAAGCUUGUUGCAUUGUCAAAAGACUGCACUGAAGAAAAAAAAAAUUGAAAUAUUUGUAUGAACCGCCACACUCCUCCAUCCGUUGCCAUGAAUUUUUUUUUGGAAACAUGGUCACCAGUUGACAGAUUUUGCAGACCACUCAUGAAGGAACUCUAACAAAAGUUGUUUGUUGCAUUAGUACUUGACGGAAAUCUCUGACAAAAUGUUGGCAGCUUAUAUUCAAAGUGUUAAUGACAAGAAAGCCAAUGAUUCUCGGCUGUUUUCAUUUAAACCGAGGACAUAUCGAUUUAAAAAGUGAGCAUUUAUUUUACGAUUAAUUUGUUGAGGAGUCUACAAGAUGCUAUUUUGUUGGUGGGAAACCAACUGUUGGGAAAGAUUGUUUUGGAUUGGAAGAAUGCUGGAGUGGCUUAAGGCAGAGCAUUAGUGUGCAAGUGGGCAGUACACAACUGGGGCUGAUUUUUUUGUGAGAUGGUAUGAGCAAGCAAGCUCCACCGGUAUUGACGGAGAGAGAAUGGAACUUUUAAUUUUAAUUGGAAUCCUUGGAUUAAUCUGUAUGAUUACAAAACAAAGAGGACUUCAAUGCAAUGAAAUACAUUUUUAUUUCAGUCUCAAAAAAUUGGCCUAUCGUGGUUUUUCUUGACAACAAAUGAAAAUAAUUUUAUAAAUACAUUGUUUCAGUAUUAUGCAAGUCCGUUAUUUUAUUUUCAGUCUUAUAAGAUAAAUAGAAAGUCUUAAAGUUUUAUUUUGGUUAUCGCUAAAAUUAUUUUUUGAAAACAUAACUUCAGAGCUCUUAAUGAAGAUUCCACUUAUGCAUCUUGUUUCAAAAUUAUUUAUUUGAAAGAAUUAAAAUUAUGAUUUCCUGCUUAAAGAUUCAGAAACAUUGUAAAUCUCCCUGAAUAGCUCUUUAGUUAUUGUUUUUUUUUUUUUUUAAGACAGUUACCAAGAAAUAAUCAUUAAUUUAAUUCCAUUAUAAUGUCAACAUAAAAAUAUGUGCAGGUUCAAGAGGCAGAGGAGGGCCCCCAAGAGGCAGGGGUAGGCCUGAAUUUUCAGGGGGGCGCGGGGGUAGGAGAUCUCCCUCAAGCCGUGAUGGUCCCCUUGGAAAAAGACCACGCGUGGAAGGGGGAGACAGCUAUAGUAGGCGAUGAAGACGCAGAGAGGAUUUCAAUCUGGAACAUUUUCAGAGGAUCAUUGGAGGAAAUUUACUUUGGAAGGAGCAGCAGCAUUGGAUGAUACUGUAUAUAUGUUUUUUAGACAAUUCUUUGUAGUGUGUAGAAUGGCAUAUAAAUUAAUAUGUUGUAAAACAGUUUCCGAGGACCAUUUCCUUAAUUGACACAGCUCGCAGGAUAAGAUUUGAAGCUGAAAUAUUUGUUUGCCAUCAUCACUUCCUUAAAAUUGCCAUGGGAUAGACACCCAAGGACAUUACGGAUCUGCAUAAAUCAAUGCACUCUGUUCUCAAUUGACUGUAAACAUAAUGCUAAAAAUUUUGCCACUUAAAAGUAUUUUUUUAAAAUUGAUUAUUUUUACAAAUGUAUCGAUGAUUUUAAAAACUGGAAUGCUCCUGCAUUCAACAACAGACUCUACAACUGAGUUUGGAUCUUUAUCAAUCAAAUGAGGCCAUGGCGGUAGACAUUUUCCAGUGUUUUGCAUGUUGUAAAUGAAACAAAAUUGAUUCUACAAUACAAAUGAAUGUCAUUUUUUUAAAAUUAACAUAAUUGCCAAAACUAGCCUCUAAAUGGGAAACACGUUUGGAAGUCAACAGUUAAGUUGAGGAAUCCUUCACUAAUGUUGACAGGAUACUCCAUACACCAGGCUUAGUUUAAUCAUGGACUUGUAUGUAUUUGCUGUUGUUACGUCAAGUACUCUAUUGUAAAUGUUGCUAUUGUUUUUAUGGAUGUUCCUAUGAGAUCAUAGGUUUUGAAAAAAUAAAGAAAGAAAAUUAGGCGUUGUCAUGUUGUCUUUAAGUGGAGAAAAUGUUUAACAUGACUAUUUCCUGAUAACUAGUUUUCAUACUUACAACUUUUGAUCAAGCAACAUUGCAGAAAGAUUGAAAUAAUCAAAUUGAAAAGUGACUCUAUUGACUAGGAAGGAAUACUAAUGAACUGGGAAACUUAUAAAAAAAUAAUUAGUAGUUCCUAAUUAUUAGUGAUUGAUUCAAACAUUUGCUUUUAUUUUUUCUUAAACAGUUUAUAAACUUAAAUAAAAAUGCAAAAAUUAUCAUCUUUUAAAAAGCGUACUGGAAAUUAGUAUGAAACCAAUUUAUACUCAGGGAUGUUGUUCCAAUGAAAGUUAGUUUGAACCGAAAUAUUUGGAGGGGGGGGGGGUAAAUUUUAUUUAAAAUUUUACAUUUUCUCAGCUUCCCACUCGCAUCUUCCCUUAAAAACAUUUUUUUUUCUUAAAUAUCUGUUGAACUAACUAUCGUUCAAUAUACAUUCCUUGGUAAAAAGUAGUUUCGUCCUAUUUUCUAGUAACCUUUUAAGAGGCAAUAAAAGUAAUAAUAUUGCUUGGUGAGUGUGCAUUGAAGAAGCUCACUGGUUAAUGCACCCAGAAUGGAGUGGCCAAAUCUUGCAGUUAACAGAAGAUAGGAAAAUAUUUCACUUUUUGCCAUGAAUAAGAGGAUCUGGAUUUCCUGUACUUGAAUAUGUAACGCGCAAAACCUAUACUAGAAAUGACAUUUGGACUCCACGGGGAAAAGGUAUAAAUUUGUUGAGACAAUAGAUAUUAGAAACACACCACUAGACAUUAGAAAUGCACUGGCUAUGGAAAUCUUUUCAAAAUAUAUUUAUAACUUUCUAAUCCGAUAGUCAGAAUGACAAAAGCUUUAUCUCACACGUGGCAAUACGACUUGUACAAAGGCUAUGAAUUACCACAAUGUGACAGCUGGGAUAUAUUGAGAGCACAUUUAGUGAUGACACUAAAAAAUGUUGUCAUUGCUCAGAAAUGAUUGAGAAAACGCGUGGUUUGCUGUUGUCCCUCUGACAUGUUCCAAUAAGAGUUCACUUGCACAUGAUUUGUCCAGGAAGUAAAGAAACUGCAAAUUGAAGAACACUCCUUCAUAUAAAUCAUAUUGUCUUUGCAAAAAGGUAAUUUUUUAUAAGUAUAUUAUAGAACAAUGGUCUGCUUAGGGUUUAAAGUAUGAUGGAUGGGUAAGCUCAAUCUGCCACCAAGGUGAACACUGUAUACAUUUUAUUAUCAGUUGUGCACCAAUUGCUGGAAUGGAGGAAAAUGUCUAGUGAAUUUUAAAAAUGUAAUUGCCAAUCAAGCUGUGGAUACUGUAUAAUUUUCUUGCAUUCCUCUCUUAGAAUUGAAUUAUAUUUAGUUCCAAAUAUGGACUUGUUUGUUCUCAUGCUUGUCUAACACAUUGAGAAAUAUCUUUUGGAAACUGACGCCCAUGCACGGAUUGUAUGGAUUAGCAGAUCAUCAAUAAGUACCGCCAUCUAUAAAUGAUUACCAGAAGGGGUUAAAGGAGAUGCUGAAGGACUUAAAAAAAGGACGCCAGGAAAGCUGGUUAAACCUGGGAAGUUAUUUGGUGUCUUGCAAUAAACGAGGUAGGUUACUGAAUUUAAAAACAAAAACGCCUUACUAAUGAUGAAUCUUAGGUUAAUUUAAUCUUAAGAAGAAAGCUAUUUGUUGUGUGUGUUGACGUUUUUUUGGAUAAUCAUAUUUGGUAAUUGGUAAUAUUUUUGGAAGCAAACCCUUGUUUUUUUUAAAAAACAUUGAAAAACUGAAGGCUGCUACUCUUUCACCCUGAUGGAAUUAUCCUGUUUGUUUAUGUUUUAUGCCUGGAUCGUUGAUUAUCAAUUGCCAAAGGAAUUUUUAUAAAUUGCUUUACAUGAGGAGUUGCAACAAAAAUGAUGGAGCUAUUUGGAAAUUUGAUCACAUCUUAAACACAGGAGAAGAAAUGUUGGCAAAAGAUUGUUAAAUGUGAUUUUUUUAAAUAUUUUUGAGUUUAAUGAAGGCUUGUUGAAACUGAUGAAGCAUUGUCUUCUGGAAAAUAAACUCUUGAAAAGCAACCAUUCUUCUCCUCAUGGAAAAAGAACAUCAAACCUUGACACAUUCAAUCUCUUGAGCCCAGUGGAUCAUUUGGUGACAAUAAGUAUCCUGUUGACAUUGGAGAUUACAGAAUAAUAAUUUUAAAUAUUGAAAAACAUAAGGUAAUUUUAAGAUGUUCAAGUCUUGUUAGAUUGUAUUCAAAAGGGCUGCAUGGAUUCCAAAUGUAAUAAAUAUGUGACUUGAGAAAUGACCUGGGACAUGUGAACAUUUUGUUUUGGAACAGAGGCCUAUGCUGGACAUAACCUGCAAGAAAAUAUAAUCUCGAACUCAAAAGUGAUCGAAGAUUUAAUUCGGAAAAUAUUUUCCUGUUGGAUUUGUCAUCCCAUAGUUUGGAAGAAAUUGUCCUGUUUUGCUUCUUCACAAAGACAGAGCCUGGAAUAGAUUUCACCAACUAAGGAUUAAUGAGAUGCUGAAGACAUUUGGAUUUAGAUUCAAAUCUAUUUGAAUGCUCAAGACGCACAAAUGAAACCAACAUCUUUCCUGUUGCAAUUGGAUUUAAUCUCUAUUUAACGCCACUAUUUCAACAUCUUUUAGUUGAACAAAGUUUUGUGCACAUAAUUACAUGUACCCGGUAUGAACAUAUGUUAGACUUGCAAUAAAUUUUUUAAGAUGUCUAAUUUCCUUAAAGUUGUCUUUCCACCGUAAGAUAAAAGCUAUAAAAACACUGAGACUCGGAAAUCAUAUUCAAAGGGAAACUGAAAUCCUAUUCCAAGGAAACCUGAUGUCAUUUAAAGUAUUGUUCAGAUGAGACAUUUAAGUAAAUAAAUAAUUUCAUUGCUGUCAUAGACAAGGUGAUAUUUUUAAAGCAGUUAAUUGAUGAAUUUAAAACAUUGUAUUAACCCUUGUGGAUGUACUUGUAAAAUGGAAUCAUUUUCUCUGCAUUUAUGAAAGUUUUCAAGAUUUCCAAAACUGAAUGUGGUGCUCAAUUCUUUGAAAGUUUUUAAUUUGCUUCUAGUCAUUAAAAAUAAAGACGUUUCUCAUGGCCCUAUAAAAUAUAGCUGACAACUGGGAUGAACUGGAGAAAAUUUAUUGUUAUUUAGACAUAACGUCGGAGGCGCUAUUUGAUUAAUACGACAAGUUAGUGAUUUUAUUGGGUUUUGCACCAUCACCUCUAAAUUAUUUCAACUAAAAAUCAUUAGAGUUUAAUCACUUCCAUUUGCUUAUAAUGUAUUUUGUACUGUAUCCAAUUAAUUUAUUUGUAUUAUUCUUGACAGCAUGCUGUACUGAUCUCCUUUAUGCCGGUGACUCACACGGUUUGGAUCUGAUCAAAUCUGAUGGAAAUGAGGUUAGCAUCAAAGAUGACUUUUAUGACCAGCGCUGGGCGGUUUCUGUCUGUGACAAGAUGAAAGCUAAUUCAGAUUUAGGUAAGUAUUUUCUGUUAAGCCUUUUUUUUUUAACCUUCAAUGUAAAACAAGAUUUCCCACAGCAUGGGUAGCGAGGUGGCAUUUCAAGGGAUGUGAACAAAAGUGACUUCAAGAAAGAGGAGGUAGUGACAUUUAAGUUCUGUAAUAAAUUUGUACAUGUAUUUUUUAAAAAUUUCUUUAUAAAAUCUUAAUUAAUGUACCAUACUAGACACAGGUUCUACAACUCCUUUUUUAAUUCUAUAAAAUGAUUGGAGAUGUAUUAAUUUUCCAAUUUUAAAACGAUGAAUUUUAACUAUUGUAGUGUGGUGUGCGAGGCUUAGUCAAAACAAAUUGUAAUGUGGUGUGCCAGGCUUAGUCAAAACAAAUUGUAAUGUGGUGUGACAGGCUUAGUCAAAACAAAUUGUAGUGUGGUGUGCAAGGCUUAGUCAAAACAAAUUGCAAUGAACUGUGCAAGGCUUAGUCAAAACAAAUUGUGUGGUGUGCAAGGCUUAGUCAAAACAAAUUGUAGUGUGCUCUGCAAGGCUUAGUCAAAACAAAUUGUAGUGUGCUCUGCAAGGCUUAGUCAAAACAAAUUGUAGUGUGGUGUGCAAGGCUUAGUCAAAACAAAUUGCAAUGAACUGUGCAAGGCUUAGUCAAAACAAAUUGUAAUGUGGUGUGCCAGGCUUAGUCAAAACAAAUUGUAAUGUGGUGUGCCAGGCUUAGUCAAAACAAAUUGUAGUGUGGUGUGCAAGGCUUAGUCAAAACAAAUUGUAGUGUGGUGUGCAAGGCUUAGUCAAAACAAAUUGUAGUGUGGUGUGCAAGGCUUAGUCAAAACAAAUUGUAGUGUGCUCUGCAAGGCUUAGUCAAAACAAAUUGUAUUGGUUUUGAGAAUUGUUUGAAGAAUUCCUAGGAGGAGGAGUUGCAGAAUGUAGGAAAAGUUUGGAUGAACUUUUUGUUUGUUUUAAGUACUUUAAGAAAACUAGAGACCAGUAACAUUUUUUUUUUAUAUAUAUAAAACGGCUUAUACUUUAUUUCAUUCCCAAUUAGUAGGGGAAUUUAGAAAUACAGUUUACUUAAUUUUUUUUAAAGAUAUAACAAAACCAGUUAUGCAAUUAAAUAUUUACAAAGCCAAUAUCAAAAUGAAAAGAUUAUUUUUGCUAUCAAAUGGACAAAAGAAAAAUGUUGCUAGGCUAACACAUCAUUAAACUGCUUUGCUAGCUGUUCAAUUACCAUUUACGUUUUAAACAAACCUACCAACCAUAAAUACUUCAAUGGGGAUGGGUAAUUUUCGUAGUAGUAAAGUGUGAUACUUCAGUAUGUGUAUGAGUUAUUUUUAUUUUGAAUUUUUUUAGGUUCUAAUCUCAAUCAAGGUGAAUUAUUUUUAAUGAUCAAUUACAAAAAGACAACAAUAUUUACAGAUGUUACGGAGUCCACAACCGUUGGAGAGCUCAAGCGGAUAAUUGCAGCAAUUUUAAAAAGUCCUUCCCAGUACAUGAUGUUGUAUAAAGGUGAAACACUUCUGGCCCAGGAUCAUAAGACAUUGUCUUAUUAUGGCUAUACAAUGUCUGUUGCUAAAGCCUAUUCACCAGAUAUAGUGACUCUUGUUCUGACAUUAGAUUAGAGUGCAUGUUAUUUUGUUACCAGGUUUUUAUUUACUGUAGAUUUUUUGUUUUUUAUACUCCAUUUUUUUAAACUCCAAUGCAAGCUGAAGUUAAAAGCCAAGGAUUUGUUUUUUUCUUGGAAUAAAACAAUUAUUAAUAUUGAAAUGGGCUCAGCUCAAUUUAUUAGUCCAAGAUAUUUCAUCUAUCUUUUUGUGAUAGAACUAUAUACAUUUUUUACACUGCAUAUACUUAAGAGCUGUUGAUAUCAAAUUAUUAUGCUAUCUAUUUUAUAAAUGCCAAUCUUUUGACCAUACAUAAGAGAUUGUUACUGAUACUGAUAUUAUAUUUCAUUUUAAAAAAUCCCAUGGUUUUGGCAGGUCAAAGUUCACAAUGUACCUUAUAUACAUUUAAUUGGUUACUUAUAACUUAUAGAGUGUGUCACAUUUGCUUGGGCUUGAUAAGCCACAGUAGCAGUAAACUUCCAUAACACUGAAUUUUGGAAUAAAAUAAUAAAUUUUACUGAAUUUUGGAAUAGAAGAAUAAAUUUUCUUCUGGUACAGGCAGCAGUUCUAAUACUAUUUUUACCGUAUAAAACUAACCUCAACCCUAAGAUAUAAUAUCUAACAAAAACUUGGCCUUAAGAUGUCCUCGUUAUCCUUGUUGCUAAUGUCGUACAAUAUUAAUACAUAAUGUCGUACAAUAUUGAUGCAAAUAUAUGAUACUACAUUUGUCUUUCACAUCUACCAAUUUCUUAUUUAAAUUUGUUUUUUUAAUGACUAUUUAAUUUAGCUACAGCCCUCAUAUUUAAGACAAUGCUUUUUAAUGACAUGUAAAUAUUGUUUUUACAACUUAUGAGUGAUAAAAUGUAUUUUAAGUUGAAAUAUAAAUUUUUAAUACAACUUAAGUUACACAUGUUCCAUAAAGUUGAAUACCAUUCCCAUUUUGAUUUUUUGUUAGAUAAUAUUAUAAGUCGACAUGUUAUGAGGUGCUUUAACAUGGCAAUAUUUUAUUUAUGUAUAUUUGUAUUCAGCAAGCUGAAAGUUAAAAACUUGUUAUUAAUAGUAAUAUUUGUUAAAAGUAUUAAAUAUUUUGUUUGAGAACAAAAUUCCACUCUAUUUUUUACUUUUCUCUUAGCUUUUAUGGCUUUGUUAUAAAAAUAUAUUAUAGGUUAUUUUUUAAUUUCUUAAAAAUGUAUGCUAUGCAAUUUUAUUUUUUUUUUUUUUAUAUCCUACAGGUAUAGUUAUAAGCUCAAAGUGUAAAGA